AUGGAUGGUUCAACCUCAAAGCCCAGUGGUAACACUACAAGCGUUGGUUUGGUUAAAGCUGUUGUUAACUUAUAUGGUAUCAGGGUUGCAGAUGUUAACACUCCUAUGCUUAAACCGGAUUUCUCAAUUAAGAGCUCUCCAAAAGUAAAAGAACUACACAGAACAAGAAGGGAUAUUGUCUUGUACAGAGAGAGGAAACAAAGUGCAGAAUCUGUAAAAGCUCAAGCAGAAACUGAGCUUUCUACUGCUAAAAAGACGGUGAAAGAUCUUUUCUCUAUGAUCAGGGAAUCUAGCUUCAAGGGAAAAACCCAAAUGAGAGACAUGACAUCACUAGUGUAUAAGAACCCAAGCAAGAAUGAUAGUGAUAAUAAGUAUUCACGAGUGAUGAGAGAAUUAGAAAUUGCUAAAAAAGAAUUGUUUCAACUUAAGCUCGACAUGGAUUCUAUUUUGGAAGAGAAAUUGAGAGCAGAGAAGGAAAUUGAAGCAUUGAGAUCCAACAUGUUGUCAUGCUCAAGAAUUGCACAAAAAUUGAUGGAGGAGAUUGAAGCAACCAAUGAAGAACAAGUAGUAGUUGAAUUGGCCCGGAUGGACGCUUUGAAAGAAAUAAGAGACAUCGAAGCCCUUGAAAAUGCAAGAAACAAGUUGAAAGAGGCCAUCGUGGAAAUAGAUGAGUCAAAAGAUCUUGAAAUUAAAUUGGCCACAACAUUGUCUGAUAUUGAUAUCAUGAAGAAUAAAUUGAAGUUGGUGAAUAAAAAGGUUGAAAGUGGUGAGAGCAUGGAGCAUAUGGAAGGAGAAUCAAGAGAUGUUGCUGUUUUAAAGACUAUAAAAGAAGAAAUAGAGGCGACAAAGAAAGAUUUAGCUUUGAUUAGAGAUCAAGGUUUUAAGUUCAUGGCCUCUAUGGAUGUUACAAGAAAUGAGUUGAAGCAAAUGAAAGCCAAAACUGUUCAAUCUAAGAAUAUAGAAUCAAAAAUAGGUACAAAAGUUAGAAAUGUGAGCUACAAGCUUUUGAGAGCAAAAUCUAAGCUAGAAGCGGUGUCUGCUAGUGAGGAAAGGGCCAAAUCAAUAGUUAUUAACUUGUCACAAACUCUUGAUAAAUUCAUGUCCGAAAUAGAAGUAACAAAAAAAGAGAAAGAGCUUAUAAAAGAAGAGAUUACAACCACUAAAGAAGAGAUAAAAAAGGCUUUGUUGGAGAUAAACGAGAAUGAGGAAAGAUUACAAGGUGCCAUGCAAGAGUUAGAAAUAGUGAACUCAUCGGAAGCCUUAGCCUUAGAGAAGUUGAAGAUUUUGACAGAGAAUGCCAUGAGAGAGAGAAGUUUAUCAAAGCAUAACUCCUUGAUUAUGAUAUCAAAGUUUGAAUAUGAGUAUUUGACUAACCAUGCAACCGAGGCAAAAGAAAUUGCUGACAAGAAAGUUGAAGCAGCUAAGGCGUGGUUUGAAGCUAUGAAGGCCAAGGAGAAGGAGACAACGAUGAAGACCAAGAUAGCUGCGGCAAAGCUGGAAGUGUAUGCUAAAGAAAAGAUGGUUCCAAAGAGAGUUAACAAUGAAGAGUUGCAACAUGUCUCGUUAAGAAAGAGCAAAAAAUAUGAAGGUAGUAUGACACCUUCUAGGGGAUAUAAGUUUCAGAAGGCAUCUUCACCUGGAUCUCGUCCUGUGAGUCCUUUCAUUGUUAAGAAGAAAAUGAAGGUAAUACCAAAUUGGACCAAGAUUUUUAAAGGGAAGAAAGAAAAACACUAG